AGCUUGAAUCUGUUGAUGAAGGAUUGCUACAGUUUUGUGCCAAUAAACUGAAAUUACUUCAUCUUUAUGAGUCUGUCAGUCAAUUAAAUUCUCUUGAUUUUCAUUCAGACACACCAUUCUCUGAUAAUGACUUGGCUGUGUUGUUGAGGCUUGAGGAACAAGAACUCUUUAAGCUCCAGGCAUUGCUAGAGAAAUAUAAACAAGAGAACACCAGAACUUCUGUUCGAUUUUCUGAUGAUAAAGAUGGUGUGUUGCCUGUAAAGACAUUCCUUGAAUAUUUAGAAUAUGAGAAAGAUGUGCUCAGCAUAAAGAAAAUAAGUGAAGAGGAGUAUGUGGCUUUAGGCAGUUUCUUUUUCUGGAAGUGUUUGCAUGGAGAAAGCUCCACAGAGGAUAUGUGUCACACUUUGGAGUCUGCUGGACUUAGCCCUCAGCAGUUGUUGUCUCUGCUCCUGAGUGUUUGGCUUUCUAAAGAAAAAGAUAUUUUGGAUAAAGCACAGUCUGUGUGCUGUCUUCAUACAAUGCUGUCCCUUCUGAGCAAGAUGAAAGUGGCCAUCGAUGAGACCUGGGAUUCCCAGUCUGUGUCGCCUUGGUGGCAGCAGGUGCGCAUGGCCUGUACUCAGUCUGAGAACAAUGGAGCUGCUCUGUUGUCUGCACAUGUUGGGCAUUCUGUUGCUGUGCAGAUAUCAAACAACAUAUUAGAGAGAAAAUUUUCUCAGACAGUUUUGGGUGCUGAUGCAGAGGUCCUCACUGAUUCCUGGGAGGCCCUUUCUCUUGACACUGAAUACUGGAAACUUCUGCUGAAACAGCUGGAGGAUUGCCUAAUUCUUGAGACUCUGCUUAACAGUAAGGGGAGCACACCAACCUCUAGAUUGUCCUUGCUGCAGGCCGAGCCACUUCCACGUCUUUCUGUGAAAAAAUUGUUGGAAGGAGGGAAAGGUGGCAUUGCAGACUGUGUAGCCAAGUGGAUAUUUAAACAUGACUUCAGUCCUGAGCUAUUAAAACUGGCUAAUAAAGAAAGUGAUGUAGAAAAUCCAGACAAACCCAAAGAAGGUAUUAGCAGAGGUUUCCUUGCGGUGUCAGAGGUGGAGAUGGACUUAGGAGCCAUAUCAGACUUGCUGCGUUUAGCCUAUGAGCAGUUUCCUUGUAGCCUUGAGCUUGAUGUGCUGCAUGCACAUUGCUGCUGGGAGUAUGUUGUCCAGUGGAACAAAGAUCCAGAGGAAACACGAUUUUUUGUUAGAUCAAUAGAACACUUGAAACACAUUCUUAAUGCCCAUGUUCAGAAUGGUAUUGCGUUGAUGAUGUGGAACACGUUCUUGGUUAAGAGAUUUUCUGCUGCUGCAUACUUGAUGGAUAAGGUUGGAAAAGCACCAAAAGAUAGGUUAUGCCGAAGGGAUGUAGGGAUGAGUGACACAGCAAUGACGUCUUUCCUGGGCUCCUGCUUAGAUCUUCUUCAGACUUUAAUGGAGGCAGAUGUUAGCAGGGAUGAAAUGCAAGUGCCAGUUCUGGACACUGAGGAUGCUUGGCUGGCUGUUGAAGGCCCGAUCUCUAUAGUGGAACUGGCCCUGGAGCAGAAGCACAUCCACUAUGCGCUGGUGGAGCACCAUUCCAUCUUGUGCUCCAUGCUCUAUGCAGUCAUGCGGUUUUCUCUGAAGACUGUGAAGCCACUUUCCCUUUUUGAUAGUAAGGGAAAAAAUGCAUUUUUCAAAGACCUGACAUCAAUUCAGUUAUUACCUAGUGGGGAAAUGGAUCCAAAUUUUAUUUCUGUACGACAACAGUUCUUAUUGAAAGUUGUUAGUGCAGCUGUCCAGGCCCAGCAUUCAGCCAGCAAGGACAAAGAAUCCUUAGAAGAGGCAGCAACCACUCCUUUUGGGAAAGACCAGGAUUGGCCAGUUCUAGCUGUGGAUUUAGCCCAUCACCUUCAAGUCAGCGAAGAUGUUGUUAGACGGCAUUAUGUGGGGGAGCUCUACAACUACGGAGUGGACCACUUAGGAGAAGAGGCCAUUCUACAGGUUCAUGACAAAGAGGUCCUUGCCUCUCAGCUGCUGGUGUUGACAGGGCAGAGGCUGGCUCACGCACUCCUCCACACCCAGACGAAAGAAGGGAUGGAGCUUCUGGCCAGACUUCCACCCACACUCUGCACUUGGCUGAAGGCAAUGAACCCCCAGGAUCUUCAAAACACUGAAGUGCCAAUUGCAACAACCGCUAAACUAGUAAAUAAAGUAAUUGAGCUUUUACCAGAAAAACAUGGGCAGUAUAGUCUAGCCUUGCACCUCAUUGAGGCUGUGGAAGCCAUAUCUAUUCCUUCUUUAUGACAUUUAUCUACUGAAAAUAAUCUAAAAUUGUGUGACUACAACAUCAAUUAGUGCAUGGCCAUUUUACAUAGUAAGAUCUAGAAUUUUAUGGAAUAUCUUUUUUGUUUUGUAAAAUAAAUAAAAAUAUCUAUUACUUUCAAAAAGUGCUGUCCUGGCUAAA